AUGGCGACUAAGUUCAUCUCGAUAGACCUGGAGACGGCCAACCCCAACCCGUGGUCAAUCUGCCAGGUAGGCAUCGCGGAGUUCAGCGACGGAGCGAUGGUCAGCGAGUGGAUGUCAUACGUCCAUCCUGCGGAGCGUUUCAACCGGGACAACGUGGCGAUUCACGGCAUCACUGAAGCGGCGGUCCGGGGCUGGCCCAGACUCACGGAGGUGUCGGACCGACUCGCGGAAACCCUGAACGGCAAGAUAGUGGUCAGCCACAGCCAGUUCGACCGGGUGGCGCUGGAACAGGCCUUCGAUCGGCAUGGAAUCCGGAGGCUGAACUGCUCGUGGCUGGACUCGACGAUGGUGGCGCGCCGGGCGUGGGAGGGCCUCUCCAAGCGCGGAUUCGGGCUGGAAAACCUCUGCCGGCUGCUGGGCUACCGGUACCAGAGGCACGACGCGCUGGGCGACGCGAAAGCCGCUGGAGUGGUGGUGCUGGCGGCCAUCGAGCAGACCGGGAUCGGGCUGCUGCAGUGGCUGGAGCAAGUGGAACUGCCCAUCGGGGACGGCCCGCGCAAGCCAAUACGCACCUUGUCCCAGAUGCCGCCCGGCACCGACGAUAGCGCCUCUGAGGUGGUGAAUCGACCGUCGAACCAGGUGCUCAGUCCCGAAAUGCUGCGCCUGUUGUCCGGCCAAGGCGCGGGCGACUCCGGGCAAAACUAA